AUGCUGCGGCGCUCUGCCGGCAGGGUGUUGCCUGGACCGUUGCCACCGCCCGGCCGUGAAUCCCCGGGAGUGAGACAGGCCUGGGGAGGUGGGAGGGACCACCCCCGCUGCCCUACAGAAGUCCGCGGGGCUGUAGUGUUGGCAGCCCCUCCAGUAACGCUUGUCACCUCCUGGGUGUCCCUGCUUUGGUUUGGGGUUGUCUUGUCUAAAGACCUCCCGCAGCAGAGGUGCGGCAUUGCCCUCCGAUCGGUGCCUAGUGGCAGCGAUGACAAAGCUGAUACCUCAAAUGAUGCUGGAGAAGCUAGCAAACCUGCAGACAUGCCUGCACAGAGAAGAAAACGGAUCUCUACCAUGCCUAAUCUUGUCAAACCCAGAGCUGGACCUUCAUCUGCUCAGCAAUCUGCAUCAAAACUGCAGAGGAGAGCGUCACAGACUGCUGAUGGCAGUGCUUCAUUUCAGGAUUCCUCUCAAUCAGAAAAAAGUAGUGUUGAAAGCUCUUUAAAGUGUCCCAUGCUGCCCGAAAAGAAAACACCAGUGCCACAAGUGCCACAGUUUUCACCACUAAAAAAGUCAGUGAACAAAGAGCAAACUGUAGGUGCAGCUGCUCAAAAAAGUGAUGAUAUGUUGCAGAAGAAUGUACCCUCCCCACUCAAGGAGAGACCAACACAGGAAAAAUCAGGAAUGCAAGAGGGAAAGCUGCCUACGAAACCUUCUUCUGUAAAAGAGAAACGAGUAUGUUCUGACCGGGAAAGGAUCCUCAAAGCUCGGAAGUUAAGAGAAAUGCUUAAGGAAGAGCUGAAGAAAGAGCGGAAACAGUUGAAACACAGGCCUCCAGUAAUUGAAGGACAUUCUCCACCAGAUCGUUCUAAAAUGACCAUGAGGGACUUGAUAUACUAUCUGCCAGAAAACAACCCUAUGAAGUCUUCAUUAGCAGAAGAAAAGAGAACAGAAAAAAAUUCUGCAGUGGGUCAAAUUAAGGAACAGCAAGAGAAAAAUACUCCUGAUCAUGAAGAGGAAGAAGAGGAUGAAGCAGCAGAGAAUGGGGAGGAGAAUCAGGAUGGUCCACUUCUAGUUCCUCGUGUGAAAGUAGCAGAGGAUGGUUCCAUUAUUCUGGAUGAAGAAAGUUUAACUGUAGAAGUCCUAAGAACAAAAGGUCCAUGUGUUGUAGAAGAAAAUGAUCCCAUCUUUGAGCGUGGCUCUACAACUACAUAUUCCAGCUUCAGGAAAAGUUUUUACACAAAACCAUGGUCAAAUAAAGAAACAGACAUGUUCUUUUUAGCUAUCAGCAUGGUAGGAACAGACUUCUCCUUGAUUGGACGGCUAUUUCCUCAUAGAGCCAGAGCAGAAAUUAAGAACAAGUUCAAACGUGAGGAAAAAGCUAAUGGAUGGAGAAUAGACAAAGCUUUUAAAGAAAAGCGGCCCUUUGAUUUUGAAUUCUUUGCCCAGCUGCUUGAAAAGGUCUUAGCAGAUGAGGAAAAGCGGAAGCAAAAAACUGUUAAAAGCCAGAAGCCAAAGGAAAAGAAGCCAUCAAAGCCUCGGAAGAAGCCAAAAGGUACUUCAAAAGAAUGCUUGAGAUAG